AUGGAACGGCUCCACAUCUCUUUCGCUAAGGCCAUCACUCUCCUGGUCUUGUGGCUCAUCACCAUUCUCACUCUCGUUGCAUGGAUAGUUGUCGAACGCGAUAUCACGAUCUCUGAGUACUACGGCAAGGAAGACGACCCUGUUAGGUCUUCUUCUACUGUCGCUGAUGAGGCUAUUGCUACUGCAGUGUAG